AUGAAGCCCACGCCGUUUUCGGGAGCUCUUGGGACCACGUCACCAGCAAAAUCCACAUUUUCAUUUGGUGGAGCUGCUCCAUCUGCACUACCUGUGAACACGGACGCACCUAUGAAGCCCACGCCGUUUUCGGGAGCUCUUGGGACCACGUCACCAGCAAAGUCCACAUUUUCAUUUGGUGGAGCUGCUCCAUCUGCAUUCCCUGUGAACACGGACGCACCUAUGAAACUACCCCAAAACGGCUUCAGCUCGAAUGCUGUGCAGCUACCUACGCCCAACACAAUGGGCGAAGGAUACGCAAGUGGUAACUCGACUGAAAGUGGAACCUCGGGCCGGCGACUGGCGAAACCAAAAGGUCGAUUCAAACGUGCUGGGUUAGAUGGCGCUCAGCCUGCUUCCCCUGCCUUUGGACCUACUCCCACGGGAGGCGCAUCAGGAUUUUCUCAGCCGACGGGCACCGAGUCUACCUGGUCAAACCCAAUACUUACUACAACACCAUUGACAAAGACGGUGGCUCCCUCAUUUACAGCCCAGGCCCCAGUUCCUACCAACGGUCGGACGACUGCUCCAAGCAGUAGCUCAAAGACUCCAACCGCACCUGGAAAAUCUACCAGAGAUGAAAUCAUCAGAAACCGCCAAAAGAUUCGAGUUCUCAACGAGCAGUUCUUGGCACACGCUUCAGCGUCCGUUAAAGCGGACCCGAUGGUCGAUUUGGCGCCGACGAUGGAAAGCUACCUGUCCUUUUUGAAAGGCAUCAUGGAGGAAUUCAAAGAACUUGUAAAGAAAUUUGAUUCAGAGUCUCAGACAAGCGUGGGUGUGUCACGGAAACGUCAAGGCGAAGCGUUGGAAAAGGACAAUGUCGACUUUGGGGGAUCACACAAACGACGGGGUGACGAUUUAGAGAAAGAGAAUGUAGACCUUGAAAGCGGGUCUCGGAAGCGUCGGGGUGAUGAUUUUGAAAAAGAGGGGAACAACACUGCUCCCGCUUUCAAAAAGGUGCCUCAAAUUUCGUUUGGAUUGUCUCAGCCCACUGGGACGACGGUCGCUGCUCCGCCGCCGCCCUCGUCAUCCUCUGCAGGAGGAUUUGGGUCUAUUCCUGCAACUAUGGGAGCACUGUUCACAGCUCCAGCCGCCACCGUAGCCCCGCCUCCCAAUGAGCCUCAGUCACAGGCGACACCCAAAGUCCCGCAGUUCUCGUUUGGAGGCUUUCAGCCAACGGGAACGGGUGCCACUUCUGCAGCGCCUCCGGCGUCGUUUGGGAAUUUCGGGUCUGCUGCAACGACUUCCAGUGCAGCUCCAACAUUCAAUGCUCCUGCCCCCGCAGGAUUUUCGUUUUUCGGUAACACCCAAUCCUCCGCGACUCCGGGACCAGUCUCCUUCAUCCCACCGCCGCAAACCCCAUCAAACCCGUCCAAUGAUACCACUGAGGAUGCUGACGACGAUGAAGCUAACAAAGAGGAACAAAUCGGUGAUGCUCUGAUGCGAGGCCAGGGUGAAGAGCAAGAACGCACGGUCCACGAAGUCCGAGCCAAAGUCUUUUCCUUUGACAAAGAGACUUCCCAAUGGAAACCAGCUGGUGUGGGGCAACUCAGAGUCAAUAAGCACAUUGAGACUGGCAAGGCAAGACUGUUACAUCGGGCGGAUGGCAGCGGACGUGUUCUGUUAAAUGCGGCAGUGUAUGAGGGAAUGAAAUUUACUCUCAAGGCGAAUAAUUUAAGCUUUGCUAUUGUGUUGGAAGGAGGCGUGAUGCAGCAGACGUUGGUUAGAGUUAAAGCUGAGAGCAAUGCCACUGCGUUGUUGGAGGCUAUUGAGCGCGCGCGAAAGUAACAUGGAUUUGACGAGUUGCGGCGUUUUUAACAGCAACAUGGAGUCGAGUGAGUUGCGAUUCCUUUUGCUAGGCAGUGAUAAUCUUUUGGCCACCCAUUGGAGGGUAGGCUAGGAUAUUUUUUGUUUUUGUAUACAUCCCUGGUAUUUACAAAACGAGUCUGCACUUUGCAACAUUCUCCAAAUCUUUGAAACCAAAAACUGGAACAGACUGGCUGUAUGAAUACAAAUUGUCUGGGGUGAUGUUCACUAUUUUACAAACCAAAAAAAACU